AUGGACGAGACGACGACAGGAGACCUGAGAUGGCAUCACGGGUGGCUGGACGGCGGCGGCAUGCCGACGGGGCUGGUGCUGGUCCUUUCGAGCAUCGUCGCCUUCUUCCUCUACCUGACAUGGCAGAUCGACGAGUACGAGGAGCAGCUGCGCAGGCGCACGCAGGACGGGUUCUGCGUGCUCCUGCUGCUCGGCCUCCUCGCGCUGGUCGUGCUCGCGCACCACGCGCUGUUUGACGCCGACGGUAGGCUCGUCGUCGCGCGGGGCGCGUCCUGGUGGUGGGGCCAGUCUGAAGGUGGCGCGUCGUCGGACACGGACCGCGGCAGCAGCGGCACGUCGCCGUGGGCUGUCGCGGCGGUAGUGGCGCUUCUGAUGGUGUUGGCAUUGCACAAGUCGUCCUUCGCCGCCGUUCUACCUCAAGUAGCAAAUAGCUCGAGUGCAGGAUUGCAGGUCAUAGUAAAUGAUACGGAGGAGGUUCUAUGA